UAUGAAUGUCUGAGCUAUUAAGUGUGGAAUCAUCAGAAUAAAAUGGGUAUUUCCUCUCUCUUUCAUAUUGAGUUUGAGUUUGACCCGUUGCCAGCCACCUCAAGCAACCCGUUUGUUCUGAAAUGGCGGGUCCACGUCCACCCAUCUUCCUCACCUCUAAACCCUCUUUUUUGUUCCAACUCAAACACAACUAAAACAUUUUCCCAACACACACAUGGAUUCUGGUAGCGGAAGCUUGCAGUCUUCAAGUGGCGGCGACGACGACUACGACUCUCAUCACCACCACCACAACCACCACCACCACCAACAACAACAACAACCUCACCUUUUUUCUCCUCCUCCGCCGCCACUUUUCUUCAACGCCACCAUUCCUCCUCCUCCUCAUCAGCCGUUACCUUUUCAUCUCUCCCCUCAUAACUUCCAAAACCUCUAUGACUUUCCUUCCAAUUUCAAUUUACAACCCACAAAUUUCAACCCCGAUUCCUCAAAUUCCUUCCUAAAUCUCGACGACGUCCGCCCAAACCCCACCACCACCUUCAAAACCCCAACCGCCGCCGAGGGAUCCACCCACCACACCCAAAUCCCAAAUCGCUCAACAAACCCAUCACCCACUGGCUUACAUCCUAAACCCACUACAAAGAAACGAACUAGAGCUUCCCGCCGUGCCCCCACCACCGUCCUCACCACAGACACGACAAAUUUCCGAGCCAUGGUGCAAGAAUUCACCGGAAUCCCCUCCCCACCCUUCACCGCCCCUGGCUCCUCCUCCUCCUCUUCCUCCUCCUUCUCCCGCCGCUUUGAUCUCUUCGCCUCCGUUCGAGCCACCACCACCAAUAUAGAAGCCAGUGGAUCAGGAUCGGGAUCGGGAUCGGGUUUCCACCCUUCUCGUUCCAAAGUCCAACUAUUCUCAUCGCUCAACAACAACAACAGCAACAACAACAACAAUGUUACCAUCGACAAUCAAAAUACAUCGAGGGUUCAUCCUGCGGGGAUAUUUUCAUUUCAGUCACUAUCAGAAGGAACCCAUUUAGAACCACCGCAUAUCCAUGGCAGCAGUACAAGCCAGGAGCUACUGUCCGCUCUGCAAAACGACGAAGCGUGGAGAAGCAACAGCACGGCAACAACAACAACAACAGCAGCAACAACAGGAACGACAGCAAAUUGUAAGUUAAAGUUUACAGGAUCUUCUUCUUCAUCGAAUAAUUUGCAGCAGACAUUAUUGGGGAAUAUUGUUGCUACUACCACUACUAGCAGGGGUGAAAGAACAGUGGAAUCUUGGAUUUGCCCAUCGGAUUAAAAAAAAAA